CAGGAGCUCUGCCGAUGAAGAAACUCAGAAAGAGAGAAUAAUGCCGGUGAAUUUCAGGACGCCCCCGGAGAACUGGACCUUAACAGCCUGACAUUUCGGAAUAUUCUGAAGCUGCACAAUUAUCACCUCAUGGGGCUUUAAUGCGACGCCAGGCCUGAGGGAAGCAGUGAGAAGCCCGGUCCGGAUGAUGGACGACAUGCUGGAGCUUCGGACGGACGGAAACUCGCUGCUGAAGGCCGUGUGGCUUCGGCGUUUGCGUCUGACGCGGCUGCUGCUAGAAGGCGGGGCAUAUAUAAACGAGAGCAAUGAGCGAGGGGAGACGCCACUCAUGGUGGCCUGCAUGUCCCGUCACAGCGACCAGCAGAGCGCCAGCAAGGCCAAGCUGGUGAAGUACCUUCUGGAGAAUAAGGCUGACCCCAACAUCCAGGAUAAGGCAGGCCGGACAGCCCUCAUGCACGCCUGCAGCCAGAAGGCUGGUCACCAGCUGGUGUCCCUGCUACUGAGCAAUGGCGCGGACCCCAGCAUAGAGGACCGCAGCGGGGCCUCGGCACUUGUUCAUGCCAUAAAUGCAGAUGACAAGGAAACCUUAAAACUCCUGCUGGAUGCCUGCAAAGCCAAAGGCAAGGAAGUGAUCAUCAUCACCACGGACAAGUCUCCAUCAGGCACCAAAACUACCAAGCAGUACCUUAAUGUCCCCCCAUCCCCCGAGUUGGAGGACAGAUACUCCCCAGAAGUGUGCACCUCCCCCUCGGAAAUCACCGUUCAAUCUCCGCCUUCCCCCGAAGACGACAAACCGCAGGACACAGUCUUCGGCUUCCAGGCCAAACGGGCAGCGGGGAGUGGCGGCGGAACCACCACGCCUAGCAAGCUCCUGACCGAGCCGGCGUCUCCCAUCAGGAAGCCAGUCAACACUAAACGCGCGCGGCUGCCGCAGCUCAAACGGCUGCAGUCUGAACCGUGGGGCCUCAUCGCGCCCUCAGUCCUGGCUGCGGCCAAAGAGGACAGUAAAAGAGCCAAUUCUGAUGAGGAUGUCAUCGCUGGCCUUAAUGGCCUCGCACUAUCCAAAAGAGCAUCUCUAUCACGGCACAACAGCACGGAGAACAAAGAGGGCUCUGGAUCCUUCCCCUCCAUGGGCGAUCUAUCUUCUAAGGUGCUGCCCACACCUCGCAGGAUGUCUCAUGAUAAGCCCCUCGCCCAGACCAGUGGCAUUCCUACAUGCAUGCCAGUCAGCCUGAGGGACGCCAUGCAUUGGAAGAUUCUGGGAAGUGAGCUCUCUGACUCGGAUUCACAGUUGUACUGCGACUCAGGUGUGCUGGACUCUCCCAGGGCAGCCUUGGAGCGGAGGAAGAACAACAUGUCUCCACGGACCAUACUGAGCGGCUCCCGGGAAUCACUGGACAGCAGUGCUGGUACGUCGCCCGCCACAGCCCGCCGCAGGGACCCAGGGCUGCUGGAACGACGUGGAUCCGGCACCUUGCUCCUGGACUAUAUCUCCCACACACGGCCCGGUUUCCUUCCACCCCUCAAUGUCAAUCCCAACCCCCCGAUUCCCGACAUCGGAGCCUCUAGCAAGCCCUCUUCCCCUCUCACCGUGGGCAUCAGGUCCAUCAUACCAAUGGCACCCAACUCACCAAAGAGAGGCACAUCAAAACCCAAGAAGAAGCUGGUGAGGAGACACUCUAUGCAAGUGGAGCAAAUGAAGCAGCUGUCUGGUUUCGAAGAGCUAGCUAACCAGUAGAGGGACCAGUGAUGCAACUCAUCACACUCACCAGGAGAGAGGAGGUGGCUGCCUUUGAGUCAGAGCCAAACCUUCUGGAACACCUUAAGCUAUGUUCUGCUCUGAAAGUUGUAUCGAGCUGCAUCCUUGUGGAUGUUCAGUCUCACAAGAUCUGCGUUCAGCUGCGAGCCUCAUUUCGCACACGGGAGUCUAACGAUGGCCUUGGCGGAAGGGAACAUUUGACAAUAGCAAACAGCCUGCAUUUCUUAGCAGUUUAGAAAAUAAGCCAAAAGCCAGACUCUGGAGGGGAGUGUGUAGUAUUCACUGCCUUGUCACAUGCCAUCUACAAAUUUAUGGUGUAAAAAGCUCUGUAUUUACAUAUCCCUACUGGUCUCCUGCGUCCUUCAAAAGUUCUCGGAGCUGAGAGGUGCGAGAACAUGAAUCUCAGCCAACAGCAUCCAACCUAAAAUGAGAGAGAAGCCUGUGAGAAAAGCCAGCUGAGAUGCUCCUCAAUGAGAAGCCAGAAGCAGUGCCGAAUUCAUCCUGCAGUUGGAGCUGGAGAGUGUCAGUCUCAUGUCGGUCACAUUACUGCUACAUUUGGCACAACGUCAUGUUUUUGUUAUUUUAAAAGCUGUAGUGUGAAUCGGCAGUUACAUUAUGGUGAUGCAGGAUUUCCAUUGUGAUUCGGUCAGGGGAUUCUGUUAAUGUAAAAAGGAGGAAAAUUGCAAAAAAAAAAAAUAAAAAGAUAACUGACGAGCAGUUUCACAUUAGAGUCACUCUAGUGAUAUGACAAUGCAAGGGUUAAUUGUCUGCAGCCUUUAGUGGUUUAUGGUGCCUUCAGGAUAAAGCAGUUGAGAAAAUCAGUAUAUCAAAGCAGGUUUCUGCUGUUUGUGUUUAUAUAAUAUAUUAUAUAUGCAAAUAACAGAAUGUCUUAGGUUACUUUGGUUUAAAGGCAUUUUGUGUUUUCUGUGAAAGCUUAUUACACGGGACAAAUACAAAACUGACACAUUCCUUUUUAGUCUUUGUAGUACUUUACCAUUUUUUCGCUGUUAUUUUUAAAAUCCCCAGAAUCACGUUUUCACAGUGACAUUCGCAUUCAGGCUUCAUUGUACAGGUUCUGUUCUCCAGAAGAUUCUGCUGAAUGGUGAACGACGUAACACAGAUAUUCAUCCCUCUGCGUCAUUAAUAUCAGUUAUUUUAGGUUAUCAUAAUACAUUAUAAUAAAAGAUUACUGGCAAAACUAAAUGCUAAUAAAUGUGGAAUAAAAUAAUACAUGAAAUGAAGAACAGUGACUAUUUAAAAUAAUUCAAGGUUCAAACUACAUUUGGCAGGUGUGACACGAACGGUUGGGAUACAUAAAAUAUUGACGAAUAUAAAAUAUUAAAUAAUUGAACUCCAAAUUCUCCCAAUAGUCGUUUGUAGCAACACAGGCAGCUCUUCAAGAUCCCUUCACAUGGUAUGUCUUAAGUGAUUAGAUGGGUAGCGACUCUGACAGCUUACUUUGCUAAAUCAUAUUCGUAAUACUAAACCCUUUAAACUUAUCAGCAUAUUAACCAAACUCAGAGGUUACCUGGAUAACGACACACCGUUGUUAUAAUACUGACUCCAUAAUGACCACGAAGAGCACAGCUGAACAUCAGUGAAAAGCACUGACAAGCGAGGCGCAAAAACAGCUAAGCAACUGUGGCAGGGUCCCUGUUUAAUUACCAAAAUGACCGGGGUCUUCAGCAAACAUGAACCACCGCCAAGUUGAUUUGAAUGAUUAUAAUACGUCCGGGCAAAAUGAAGUGUAUUUAGGUCUACAUAAAUAUAUAGGAAAACCUGUGGUAAAGUAGCCUUGGUUCAAGUUUCUAGAAAGUGUGUUAAAAAUGACACAUGCUAUAGCAUAAUAUUUCCCAGUGUAGUCUGUCUUGGGAGCUGCAGUACAACGGGCCUUCCCAAGCGAACUAACAAAUUAAUAGUUAGUCAAAAUGUUGCAUCAUCAAGACAACGCGAUUGAGCUUUUUAGCUUUAUUUUUUUUUGUGAAAAGGACGCAAAUAGGAUAAAACAUUACUUUCGAAGAUGUUUGAUGUUUAAAUGUAAAUUAUACUUUCGUGUUGGAAUUUGAAGGUAUGCCCAAACAACUACUUCUGGAUUUUAUUUUAUUAAUGUAAUAUAGAAUUCAGCUGUAAAGCGAUUACCUUAGGAGACCCUUAUCUGUUCAUGUUCACAGUAUUAGCUUACAAGGCUAAUCCCAAGCUGUACAGCUUCCACGUGACAUCCGAAAGACGACCCUUUGCGUUUACUGAAUGUAAUGUACAGCUUUUUGUAGUGUUCUGAA